AUGCCCUGCAAGAGGAAAGAAGCGAAUCCUUCUGUCGAUGUAGGAUUUGGGGACACCGAGGUUGAGAAGACUCUAUCGUUGGAGGUGAUAAAUGAAUGCACGGAUGAUUCCAUAAACAUUUCUCCUCUCAAGCAUGUGAGUAAGGAUAUUAGAUUACAUGAGUGCCCCAUUAACUCCAAACCUAUUUUAACUAAUACCAUUAACAUCGCAACUAGACUUACUACCUCAUUUGUUCCUCCCGAGGGUUCAAUAGAGGUAUCUCAUAUUCAAUCUGAUGCUAUUGUGAAUUCUACUAUUGCUCCUUCUUCUACCCGUGUUACCACUUUUCCUACCGAUGUUGCAAAGAAAGAUUUUCGUUAG